AAAUAGGUGCGGAGUGUGAGCUCCGCCUCUCACCAGGACUCCUCUUCGCUUUAACGCGUGUUCGUGCUGCUCGUGUGUUUCAAACAUGGAGGAGAGGGAAAGAAGAAGUGAGAAGUCAGACAGUAAAGACACUAAAGACAGUAAAGACAGUAAAGACCCGGUAGCUGCAGGCUGCUCAGGGCCGGAGCACGGGGCCGAUGAGGCAGAGAAAACAGACGUGUGCUCGGAUAACUUCGACCCUCUCCUGGCCUUGUACUCACCCUCUGUCCCGCUUCCCUUCCCAAACAUUAAGGGCUUCAACAAUGUGGCCGCCUACGAGAGCUUCAUGCAGGGCGGCCGGGGCAGAGCCAAGCCGGAGAACGUGCAGAAGAAACGCCUCAAGGCCAUGAAGGGCGUGGCGGACCCUGAACGCAUCGCCAGGCUGAAGAAGCUGAUCGUGAACAACCCGGUGUCGGAGGACGGGGAGAGCAGCGGCGCGGCCCGGAGGAGGAGGAGGGACAAGCCGCAGAAAAACGUCCUGACAAGGAUGCCAUUGUGUAAAGGCAGUCCGCUGGGGGAGCUGUACAGAUGUGUGGAGGAGAAGAUAAGGGUCAAAGUUCACAUCAGGACCUUCAAGGGACUGAGGGGAGUGUGCUCUGGCUUCGUCGUGGCCUUCGACAAGUUCUGGAACAUGGCAAUGGUAGAUGUAGAUGAGACGUACAGAGAGCCUCUGCUUGGAGAGGCGUUCUACCACGAAAAGGCCCUCACCAUCUCACGGCUCUUUGAGAAGCUGAAGCUCCAGGAGACCCCGGGAGGCGACGAGCAACCAAAAAAGCACGAAGCCCAGGAAACAGCCAGCAAGCAUCAGCCUGUAAACCCCAAAAGUACCCCGAAAAACCCGUCUGCUCACCCGACUAGCAAGACAGGGGACAGCGGGAGGGAGUCCGAACUGUCCGACGCUGUUAAAAUCACACAGGAUAAACACAGAGUCUCGCUGAAGGCCCGGGGCCCAGAGGUCCGUCAGAAGAAAGACUCCCAGGCGUACGGAAAGGUCCACACACGCCACAUCAACCAGCUAUUCAUCCGGGGUGAGAACGUUCUCCUGGUGAACCCACAGCCACUCUGAUUAGUGUUCUUCAGUCUAAUAUUUCCCCUGGAUAUAAGAAAGUUUGGCUACAACCACACUCGGUUAAAUUUAAGUUUUAUUUAACGCUGAACAUUUGUUGAUUUAAUUCAAUUCAGGGGAUUCAAAUGAGGACUAAUGUUAUAUCAUAUUGAUAUGGAGGGUUUUCUCUUCCCACCAGAUAAAUAUCUUGAUUUUU